CUUGCUGCCAAUCGUCUUCGACUACGCAUCUACGCCAUCAAGCUUCGGGUUGCCGCUGCGUCGUCCCCUUGGGCCGCAGUGCCGCUGCCCGUGGUCCACACCUCCACUGGUUAUUGCAGUGCUGAGAGACACCGUCCUCAGCAUGGCUACAUCAUCGGUGGACUUCUCGCCAUUGCAUCGACAUGGAGCUGCAGCUAUGUUGUCCUCUCGGACCGCAGCUUCGCCGCUUUUGUCGUCUUCAUCGCCGUUCGCGCAUUGACAACCUCGUCGUCCGUACUGGUCAUCGUCAGCCACUCAGGGUCUUCUUCCUCUACUUUGAGCAUCGCCGCCGCAUCUCCAAGCUGCCACUGUCGCCACUCUAGACCGGUGGUGCAGCUACCUCUACAUGGCUACCGACGUCGCCAUCCAGGCCGUUGGUCCCACUACUUCUCCUUCGUCUUCGUCCAACAUGAUUCAUCGCCAGCGUCGUCGUAUCUUUCUCGACUACACUUCGCCUUUCUCCGACAACCGCGUGCUACUCUGGCAAUUCUCCCUCUACGCCGUUCUCGCGCCGCGACCGUCUUGGAGGUCUUCUCUGCUAGUCUCCUCCGACAUUGGCGUAUGAUUCAUGGUGGUCCCCUGUCUCGCCCGCGCGGUAUUGGCAACACCGGCGCGCGCGUUCGUCCCGAGUUGUCCCGGGGUCUGGCAAGCCCUGUGUGACGUCUCGUCCUUCGCGGUUCGACUACAUCGGCUCUUCGGCAUCAUCUUCCUCAACGACUGUCGCGAUUAUGUCACCGUCUUCGUC